UCAUCUAUAUAUAGAUAAUAGUAUAUCUUAGCUUGAGACCUCGCAUUUCUUGAAAAUACAGUAGCUUUUCUUCUACCUUUUUCUCCAUACCUCCAUGCACGUAAAGCAGAACAAGAACCCUAUAUUUAUAGUUCGUUUCCUCAUAUAUAAAUUUAUUUCAUACGUUUAAUCACUAUGAAGGCAGAACUAAGAGGAAACUCUACAACAAUUCCCAUCCAAAACCCUAACCUUUUUAACAACCCUCAAAAUUCUCUAACAGGAGCAUUAAAAGGAUGUAUUGGAAGUCUUGAUGGGGCAUGUUUGGAGAAACUUUUACUUCAUUGUGCAAAUGCAUUAGAAAACAAUGAUGUAACUUUGGCUCAACAAGUUAUGUGGGUACUCAACAAUUUGGCUUCUUCUAAUGGAGAUCCAAAUCAAAGGCUUACAUCUUGGUUUCUUAGGGCAUUGAUUUCAAGGGCUUCUAGGGUUUGUCCUACAGCCACAAAUAAUUAUCUCUAUGGAAGUAGUAAUCUUGAUCAAAGGAGAUUAAUGAGUGUGACUGAGCUUGCAGGGUAUGUAGAUCUCAUCCCUUGGCAUAGAUUUGGAUAUUGUGCAUCAAAUAGUGCUAUUUAUAAAGCCAUUGAAGGGCACACAAAAGUUCAUAUAUUAGAUUUUAGUAUCACUCAUUGUAUGCAAUGGCCAACUCUAAUUGAUGCAAUAGCUAAGAGGCCUGAGGGUCCUCCUUCACUUCGAAUAUCGGUGCCUUGUUGGAGACCAUCAGUUCCUCCAUUUCUCAAUGUAUCAAGUGAAGAAGUUGGCCUGCGUUUGGCUAAUUUUGCAAAGUUUAGAGAUGUCCCUUUUGAAUUCCAUAUGAUUGAAGACUUGAACUAUGAUAUGCUCUUGAGCCAAUUGAGUCCUUCAACUCUUCAACUUAGGGAUGAUGAGGCUUUGGUGGUUAAUUGCCAAAAUUGGUUAAGGUAUAUGCCUGAUGAACAAAUUAAAGGAAGUAGUAUUUCUUCUCGUGACAUAUUUCUUGAUAGGGUUAAGGAUCUAAAUCCAUGUAUUAUGACUGUGGUUGAUGAGGAUUCUGACUUGGGAAACUCAAGUUUAAAAUCAAGAUUAGCCACUUGCUUCAACUAUUUAUGGAUACCUUUUGAUGCAUUAGAGACUUUCUUGCCUAAGGAUAGUAGACAAAGGCUUGAUUAUGAAGCUGAUAUUGGCCACAAAAUUGAGAAUAUUAUUGGAUUUGAAGGGUUCCAAAGGAUAGAGAGAUUAGAGUGUUGCAACAAGUUCUCACAAAGGAUGGAAAAUAGUGGUUUCAUGAGUGUUCCUUUUUGUGAGGAAACAAUUAAGGAAGUAAAGUCACUGUUAGAUGAGCAUGCAAGUGGGUGGGGUAUGAAAAACGAGGACGACAUGCUUGUAUUAACAUGGAAAGGCCAUAACUCUGUCUAUGCAACUGCUUGGGUCUUGGUCCCACCUCAAAUGGACAUGAGGAUUGAGUAAAACAAGACACUCAAAUGGUCUAUCCCAAGGAUUGAGUAGCUUAUUAAAACUAGAUACUCCAUAUUUUAGUUCCUAAGUGGUUUUUAAAUGUGCUACGGUACCUUUAAAUUAAAGUAGCUAGGGCCUAUUGAGAUGAAGUUUCAUUCUCAGGGUGGUCCAUGGGAAGAGAAAUGACAGGAUUAGAAUUGUUUUUUCUUUUUCAGUCAUAGUGUUGUAACAUAAAACAAGACGAGGGUGAAAUGCUAGGAAUUGGAGAGAAACUUUAAUUUCAACCCAUGCCACCUUUGUAUUUGUGCUCUACUACACUACAACUGUCACAUGAAAGCUGAGGAAAUUAAGAAGAGAAACGUGCA